UUUCUCACGCACUUCCUUCCUCUGACCUCUCCACUCUCCUCCCCCCACCUCAAUAAAACUAUAAAACCACAAGCUCGAGUCCCAUUAAGAGACUUGGAACUGAUAGUACCAGUUUUAAUCCUGCAAGCUACUUUCUUGAUCUUGACAGCCAAAUCUAUCACGUUUAAAGACAACCAGCGACAACCCAUGGAGGUAGAGAGUCUUUCUUGGAACCCAAACUCCAGUAGCUCCGGUGCAUCUCCCAUGCUGGGUCAUCUCUUGAAGCAAGUCGGAGACGUUCGAAACGGUAACGAGACUCCGACCCACCAGGUUCUUGAGAUGAGCGACGGCAGUCAUGGGCUUGAGCCCAGAUCCCUCCCUGUCCCUUUCGUUCUUUCUUUCAGUAAUCUCACUUACAGCGUCAAAACUAGCCGGAAAAUGAAGUUCCCGUCAUGUUUUGGUCGUACGAGGAGUAAGCUUGGAGCGGCGGGUGAUAUGGUAGUGGCUGAUACCAGUAACAACUCCAACACCAAGAUUCUCUUGAACGAUAUCUCCGGCGAAGCGAGGGAUGGGGAGAUAUUAGCCGUUCUUGGAGCCAGCGGGUCAGGGAAAUCGACGCUGAUAGAUGCUCUAGCGAAUCGAAUCGCGAAAGGGAGCUUGAAAGGAUCCGUCAAUUUGAACGGCGAGCCUUUAGAGUCUCGGCUUCUCAAGAUGAUCUCUGCGUACGUUAUGCAAGACGACCUUCUCUUCCCAAUGUUGACGGUGGAGGAGACGCUCAUGUUCUCUGCUGAAUUCAGGCUACCUCGCUCUCUCUCCAAGUCUAAGAAAAAAGCUAGGGUUCAAGCUCUCAUCGAUCAGCUCGGUCUCAGGAACGCCGCGAAGACCGUGAUCGGAGAUGAAGGCCACAGAGGUGUCUCCGGCGGAGAACGCCGCCGUGUUUCAAUCGGAAUCGAUAUUAUUCACGAUCCCAUAAUACUGUUCCUGGACGAACCCACUUCGGGGUUGGACUCGACGAGUGCAUUCAUGGUGGUGAAGGUACUCCAACGAAUCGCUCAGAGCGGGAGCAUUAUUAUCAUGUCCAUACAUCAGCCGAGCUACAGAAUCAUUGGAUUGCUGGACCGCAUGAUCUUCCUAUCACGCGGUCAAACUGUAUACAAGGGCCCACCUUCAAGUCUCCCCGAAUUCUUCGCAGAGUUCGGGCAUCCGAUCCCGGAGAAAGAGAACCGAACCGAGUUCGCUCUCGAUCUAAUCCGCGAACUCGAGUUAUCCCCCGGUGGCACAAAGGGUUUAGUCGAAUUCCAAAAGUCGUGGCACAGGGAGCGUCCUGCGAUUCUCGAUUCAGAUCGUCAGGGUCUAUCCUUGAAAGAAGCUAUCAGUGCGAGCAUUUCAAAGGGGAAGCUAGUCACAUCGAAGGCCUCAAGGUUCGUGAAUCCAUUCUGGGUUGAGAUCGCGGUUCUAUCCAAGCGAUCCGUGAUGAACACGAGAAGAAUGCCAGAGCUUUUCGGGAUGCGAUUAGGAACGGUCAUGGUUACCGGUUUCAUCCUAGCUACCAUUUUCUGGCAACUCGACAACUCUCCCAAAGGAGUUCAAGAACGAUUAGGGUUCUUCGCCUUCGCAAUGUCAACAACUUUCUACACCUGCGCAGAUGCACUCCCUGUGUUCCUUCAAGAACGAUACAUCUUCAUGAGAGAGACAGCUUACAACGCUUAUCGUCGUUCCUCCUACGUCCUAUCCCACGCCAUCGUCGUCAUACCAUCGAUAAUCUUCUUAUCUCUGGCGUUCGCGGCGACGACAUUCUGGGCGGUGGGUCUCGCCGGUGGCAUUAAAGGGUUCUUUUUCUAUUUCGGGAUCAUAUUAGCUUCCUUCUGGGCUGGGAGCUCGUUCGUGACAUUCUUAUCAGGGGUGGUGUCACACGUGAUGCUUGGUUAUACAGUGGUGGUGGCCAUAUUAGCUUACUUUCUUCUCUUCAGUGGCUUCUUCAUCACAAGGGAUCGGAUCCCAGUUUACUGGUUGUGGUUUCAUUAUAUGUCGUUAGUGAAGUACCCAUACGAGGGAGUGUUGCAGAACGAGUUUGAAGACCCCACUAAGUGUUUCGUGAGAGGGGUCCAGAUGUUUGAUAAUACGCCGCUGGAGGUGGCGCCGACGGCGACAAAGGUGAUGUUGUUGAAGACUUUGAGUAGCUCUCUAGGGAUAAACAUAACCAGCACCACCUGCGUGACAACGGGAACAGAUAUAUUGAUGAAGCAGGCCGUGACGGAUCUAAGUAAGUGGAAUUGCCUAUGGGUAACCAUUGCUUGGGGUUUCUUCUUCAGAAUUCUAUUUUACUUCUCACUCUUGUUGGGAAGCAAGAACAAGAGGAGGUAGAAGACGACCAUGCAGAACUGUUUGGCGGGAAAUCACUGUUUUUUUUUUUUUUUUUUUAUGAUUUACGAAAAUUUGGGUUAGGAUUGGUACGUCAUGAUGGGUGGGCUGGGUUGGCCAGGUUUGUUGCAGGUUAGAUAUGGACUAUGGACUUUUUUUUUCACUAUUUCACACCAGUCCUGUUUUUUCAUUUUUUAUAAUUUGGGUAAUUUCAACUAUUUGUUCAAGCUCUUUGUGUUCACAUGCAUGUUCUUAUUAUUAUUGUAAAAUUCUUGUGUAAUAAUCUGUAAUUUAAUGGAUCAAUCCUUCUUCAA